CCUCUCUUUCUCACUAAUCCCUAACUAAAGCAGCAGCAGAGGCCAGAGAGAGCGAGAGGAGAGAAGAAGGAGAGGAAGGAAAUCAGAAAACAUUUCCUUUCUUCAGACCCAUCGAUUUAGCAAUGAGUCGCUCUGUUUCCGUCCUCUCCAGAGGAAUCACCCUCUUUCUUAACAGAAGGGCAUACUCUGCUGCAGCUUUAGAGAAGAGGACGACGGUGCUCGUGAAAUCCUCCACCGCCACUUCUUCUUCUUCUUCUGUUGCUUCUUCCACUUCUUCCUCUUCAUCGAAUUCUUGGGUGCCGGAUCCGGAGACUGGAUAUUACAGGCCCAGUGAUAUAGGCAGGCAGGUGGACGCGGCGGAGCUCCGAGCGAUGCUUCUCUCCAAGAGAGAAUAAACUACCUUUGAAAACGCGAAGUUCUUCAAUUUGGUGCCGGUUGUCCCCGGAUAUAUUUUAAUAUUACAAUUGGCUUCUAGGAAAUGGAUGGAUGAAUCGUCAUAUAUUAUAGUUUUUGAAUUUUACA